AUGGGGCCAAAAGAAAGUUCAAGUACUAGCCCUUCUGUAAAAAUGGCAAGAAACACUACAGAAUUCAAGAGAGAACUUGUAGCAAAGUGUUGGAGGAUGUUGCAUGCCGAUCUCAGUGAGAAAAUCCCUACAACAAGCACUGCUGUUAGUGAAUUUAAGGCCAUCAGAGUUUUACGUGCCAUUUCACCAUUUGACCCAAGUCAGCCAGAUGUUUAUUCUUCUUCACUUGGUGUUGUGUAUGGUGAUGAAGUAACUAAUUAUUUGUUCACCUUGCAGACUAUAUGUAAACCAGCACCAUUUGCUGAAGAUGAAGAAGGUGUGAGGGAAAGAAAUGCAUGCAAUUACAACGUAAAAAUCACACAAGAAAUGGCGAAGGCUGGACUUGCGCCAAGACCCAUCAGAGUUUAUGCUGAUGGCAUUUAUGAUCUCUUCCAUCAGGGUCAUGCAAGGCAGCUGAUGCAGGCGAAAAAUUUGUUUCCUAAUGUUUAUCUUAUUGUUGGAGUAUGUAAUGAUGCCCUCACUCAUAGUCGCAAAGGGCGCACUGUUAUGUCUGAAGACGAACGGUAUGAAGCUGUUCGGCAUUGUCGCUAUGUAGAUGAAGUGGUUCCUGAUGCACCUUGGACAUUAGAGGAUGACUUUUUAGACUACCAUAAGAUAGAUUUUGUAGCACAUGACGAUAUUCCAUAUACCACGGGCAGUGCAACAGAUGUAUAUGCUCACAUUAAAGCCCGUGGUAUGUUUGUUGUUACGGAAAGAACAGAAGGAGUUUCAACAAGUGACGUUGUGUCACGUAUAGUCAAAGAUUACGAUGUAUACGUCAGAAGAAAUUUAGCGCGAGGCUAUAGUGCAAAGGACCUGAAUGUUUCAUAUAUUAGUGUAAGUAUUAUUGUAUGUAAUAUGUUUUUGUAAUUGUGUAUUUAGGUU